AGGGAAAUUACUUCUAAAUGUAAACAUCUGAUGCAGCGAGCACAGAUCUAACAGCCUUCUUUAAUCGUCAGGCUUCUGAUCCACAAAAGUAAGAAUCAAAAUUAUAAAACAGAUAAAAUUAAAAGAAAAUAGGUGAAAUACAUGAUUAGAUUGGUGUUUUCAGUGAUUUUAUUUCAGCCAGAUGCUAUACAUCCUGUGGUAAAACUUAUUUCAUUCAUUCUGUGGUGACAGCAAUGAUUUCAAUCGAUAACUGAACCAAACUGUAAGUUAAAGAAAAACAUGCAGCUUUGUCUGUUUUUUCCUUCUUUUUUUUUUUUUUUAGAUUUGAUCUUGUUUUCAGAUUGUUAUCGGGGCUGCAGUUCUGCCAGCAGCCACAGGGCGGUGCUGUUUCCCCGCGUGCAGAACUCCCUGUAUUUGGUGAAAGACUAUAUGUUGUAAAAAUCUUCCAAACUCUUUCUUUUUUCUCCGGUUUUUUGGAUCUUUUUUGGGGAUCCUGGAGUGGAUGGAUGCAACUGUGAGGACUUUUCCCUCCGUGUUCUGGUGAUCCGGUCCCGGUUCGGCAGGUUUGGACCGCUGUUUAACAGAAUUUAGAUCUGUGGUUGGAGGUUUUACUGCAAAAACAAGUUAGCUCAACAGCUAAUCCUCAAAGUCCCGAGCGGCUUUAAAGAGUCGCCGCCGGAGGCAAACAGCCCGCUGGGGUUGAAGUUUACCCGCUAACCGAACUUUAUCCUCGGUAUUUACAGAUUUCACGUCGGUUCGACGUUUUUCUGUUUACGCGAAGCACCAGCUGGUUCGCUUCUGUGGGGAUAAAUGUCGCUCAGGUCCGCGUCCCCUCUCAGAACCGGAGGGUUUCUGCGCUGGAAAAUGCGAUAAAGCGCCGCGGCUCCGGUGUUGUGUCCGCUGACGCGGCGGCUCUGCCUCUGCUGCCAGUGAGGCCUGCAGGUCAGGCUUCCGCCGGGCUACAGUACAGCCCCCAGCCGCAGUAGGAGUGUCAGAGGUCGGCUCAGCACGCAGCCAGCGCUGGGCCCGCGCGCGGAGGAAUGGAACGGAUGGAAGUGGACCAAUGCGCAGGCGCAGGAGGCGGGGCCCUUCGCAGAUCCAACAGCGCCCCCAUGAUAACUAACGUCAGUGAUGGGAUGACCGUGUUCAGCCCAGUGUCCUCGGCCCGGUACAGACGCAGCAGCGUGUCCAUCAACCCGUCACAGGUCGUCCCCUUGUCUCCUUUCUCUCUGGGCGGAGACAGACUGGACCACAAGAGGCCGGAGGAGAACAUGGAGGGGAUGCAGCGCGGGAACAUGCAUCGACUCAGUCCGUCUCGUCUGGUUCCAGCUCCUCCAGUCAGCCACUGGCAUGGCCACACCUCCACGUGGAGCCCGUCUCAGGACAGCGGCGUGACGCCCAACUCGUCCCCCAGUCCCACGCGGAGACCCGCGGUUAGCGCCAGCGUCAGAUGGCCCGUGCUGACGCCGCUGAAGAGGAAAGGCGGUGUGGACUCAGACGGACCUCCGAAGAAGCUUUUUGUUGCCGGGGUAACAGACCCCUCCCACCGCAGCAGCAGCUACACCGUCAGUGUCUCGCAGUCGUCGCUGGAUUCUCCGCCUGUAGGGGGCAGCGGUCUUCAGCCCCGCCCACUCUCUCUGUCUCCUCCUCCCGCCUUCACCCCCCACCAGCACCAGGGACACUAGAGCUCCACCUGUGGCACCAGCAGGACCAGCAGCUUCACCGCACCUUAUUUUCUAUCCAAUCAUUUGCCAGAAUCACUGUAAGCCCCGCCUCUUCCUGCAGACAUGUUGGACAGACGCCCUCAGCUCAGAACCCAGCUCUGGCUGGACAUGAGGACAUGCUGAGGACACGCUGGUUGUGUCCCUCAGAUGAGGACAGCAACAUGUAGAAGCAGCUAAAUCAGGACCAGGAAGUGUGGGUCCAGGCUUCCUUUCCUCAGAUCUCCAUUCAGAGCAGAUGGUUCUGGUUCUGCUGGUCCAGUUUUAGGCAGUUCCUGUUGAGCCGGGACUUGGAGAAAUGCUGGCGGAAGAACUUCAGCAGAACCUUGAGGUCAUUUGGUCGGAGCCGUUUUUAUCGGAGAGGUUCUGAGAGCAUCUGGAUCUGCCUGGACUUCCAGAACCAGAAUCCAAACCAGAGCUGAGGCUGGAGCCUCCAGAAGGUUCAGAGAAGUUUCCAUUCAGGGUUGGUUUGCUAUACGGCUCAUUCUGGGUCUGGUUCUGAACUGGACCCUGUGUUAAUAAUGUAUCUAUAUGUACAUAGCGGACUCGGUUCGGUCUUCUCCUCUCUCAUGUUUCCAUGACGAUGUUUAAUUUCAAACUUGGAUGCGUAGAACCCUCUGAUCCGGCCCAGUUCCACCACAGUGAGGUAACGGUGCAGCCUGGACACCAGGUGGCGCUGUAGGAUUCAUGGUCACCAGAACGUACUGAGUCUCUGAUAACCCGGUGCGUUUUCUUUUGGUUGAAAACCUGGAUCCACCUCUUGGUCCAGAAACCUGUAGAACCCCAGCAGAACAGCUCUGCACUGAUGGUUCUGCUCAGCCACAGGUCUGGGCUUUGACUAGGACAGAUUCUGUUCUUCAGCAGCAGUUCUGCUGCUGUUUGGAUCUGUUGAUGGACUCUAGGAUCAAUUGGCAGCAGUUGCUGCUGAAGCAGAACCAGCCCAUAUCACCACCUGCCGCCGCCGUGCUUUACAGCUGGAAGCAGUGAGGUUCUGCUGGGUUUAACAGUGCUUCAUCCAGGGUAUCUGUACUGUGUUGGAGGCUGUGUGGACUUUCUGUUACCAUGACAACGGAAACAUUUCCACCCGCUGUGCCGGAUGGAAACAGAACCGGUCCAGAUUCCGCAUAUUUUUGGAGUAAAGCGUUCAGAAUUUAAAACCCAAAAGUUCUAACCUGAAGCGAUUUUGCACAUAUUCCUGGUUCUUGUCAGAACCGCCACCAUGCUGAUGGUUUGUGUUAAUAACCGACGGGUCCGGUUCUGAAGCCUGUGAACCUCAGCCAGACCCAUAGACUGCAGAGCUGUGAGGCCUCCAGAACCUGGCCCGGUUCUGGAUCAGAUUCCAGCCUUUGCUCUUUGCAUUGUUCAUAUUUCUACUUCCAUUCAUCGCUGUGCCUGAAGGCGGGAUUUCAGACGGCCGGAACCGGCCAGCAUCUGACCCAGAACAGAACAUUUCCAAGUGUCUUUAUUUCCACAAAAAGAACAUGAACUGGACCGGACCUUUGCUGCUUCCUGCUUUAUUUCUGACCUGGUUACCAUCCAAGAGAGUCCGAUCCUCUUCAGAGAACCUGGUUCUGAGUGGGCCAGGUGCCGGAUCUGGAGCAGAGCUUAUAAAGGGAAGGUUCUGGAGCGGAUUGGACUCUCUGUGGUACCGUUGCUGUUCUGUAGCUUUAUGUCGACUUUUUGUGGAUUAUUUUCUUAUUUGCACAUCUCUGUUACUGACGGAACCAUGAAGUGGGUCGGUUCUGGUGCCGGAGAACCCGAGGAUUCUGCUUCAAAGAAGCUUUAAGCCAAAUAGAAAAAAAGCGGACCUACUGUUCUGCUUCUGCUCACGGUCCGUUUGGACCUCAUUUCUGAGCAGAACCGAAUGUUGUAGCAAAGACAGUUUCAGUAUUAAAGGCGUUUUACUCUGGAAGCCCAAAGUCAGUCUGUGGUUCCCUGGUUGGGCUCAGAUUUCAGGUUCUUCAGAACCGGGUCUGGGCCAAAUGUAAAAGCAUAGUUUUGGAUCUGAGCGGUACCGGUCUUCCAGAGUGAGAUCCAGGUUUAAAAAGGGCUGCUGGGUUUGGGUCAACUAAGGGAACCAGAAGCACAUGUAAAUAGUUCUGUUGGUUCCGUCGGCCCAGAUAAGACGGAUUUUUAUUGUUCUCCAUAAAUAUCAUCUAUAUUGUUUAUUAAAUUUACCAUUAAAAUAAAGUCUGAACA